UUUUAAUAUCAUCAAUUGUUGCCGAUAAUUAUUUUGAUAAUAUUAGACCACUAAAUUACAAGAUAAAUCUUACACCCAAUGUACGAGAUAAAAAUAAUUUAACUUUCAACGGUAAAGUGCAUACUGACAUAGAAAUCAAAGCCAGCAUGAAUAAUUCAUUCGUACUACACUCGAAAAGUCUUGAAAUAAAAGAUGAUAUUGCUUUAAUAAAUUCUAAAGCUAAAUUUUAUUCUUGUAACUUUUUAAUCGAUGAAAAACAAAAUUUAUUGUUUAUAAGAUUUAAUGAAACAUUAACAAAAGGGAACUAUACUUUGGAAAUCACAUAUCGCGGUCUCAUAAGUAAAAAUAAAUUAGAAACAUUCAUUUACGUGACUUACCGAGAUCGUUUCAAAGGAAAACAAUGGUUACUAUUGACGAAUAUAAAAUCUAAUCAAGAUGCAAGUAAAAUUUUUCCAUGUUUGCUUGAAGACGAGCCGACAAAAGUAACUUUAGAAUUAUCUGUCCAACACCAUCGCGGCUUUACCGCGCUAUCUAAUACCCAGUAUAAUUCAAUAAUAGCCUCUAACGAAGGUUUUAAAAAUGUUUGGACGACUUUCGAUAAAACUCCGCUUUUAUUAACCCGGCAAUUAAAUUUAAUUAUCGGGAACCUCGAGUGCUCAACUUACUACGACGAAGAAUACCGUGUGUGGACUUUGAAGAAUGUUGGAAACAAUCACAAAAAUUUGUCAAUUAUCGGCGGGAAAAUUUGGAAGGCCAUGAAGAAUAUCACCGGAAUAAUCGAUGGUGACACAGUAAUUAAAAAAUUUUAUUUUGUCCUUCUACACGGCAUUGAUUUUCCGUUAAUCGAUCCAUUUUUCAGCUACGGAAUUAUUGUUGCCAAGUAA